AUGAAACUUUUAUACUCUUUAAUAAUUUUGGUAAUUUGUAUAUCGGCCACCCUUUCAGAAAGUAUUAUUAACAAAAAUAGUAAUACGAACAACAGUAAUAAACAAAUAUCAGAAACGGAAAAGAAUGAGUUUUUCCAAAAUAUCCAAGGCAUCUAUAGUGAAAUCGGUGAUCUAUUCAAACAAACUGAAAUUUACAAUUACAUUAACAAGUUGGAUGAUAUAAUUAAAACAUCCAAUGAUCUAAAAGAAAAAAUUAGAGAAGUUGAAAAUGUUAGAGAAGAGCAUUUAAGAGAAAAUUUUAAUAUAAAUAAUAAUAAUGAAAUAAAACACUUCAAAGAACCUGUUAAAUUAGAUAUUGAAAAUUUAGAAGAUGAUGAAACUGUUACAAAUUUAGAUAAAGAAGAAAUUCAAUUCUUAGAGAGAAGACUAUUGGAUGCAUUAGGAGUUGAUACGGAUAGAAAUGAUAAAUUAUUUAUUCAAUUAUCAUUAGGUACCACUGAUAUAUUGGGUAAUUUAGCCCAAGAAGCCCAGAUACAAGCACAAAGAGCUGCAGAGCAACAAUUAAAUGCAAUUUUAGGUGGUACUGAAGAAAAUAAAAAUAAUAAAAAUAAAAAUAAAAAUAAAAAAGAUAAAAAUAAAAAGAAAAAUAAUAAUGAACAAUUAGAAACUCCACAACAACAAAAUCAACAAUCACAACAAAAUAAUGAUCCAACACCUUCUGCUGAAGUUACUAAUGGUCCAAUGAAUGGAGAAUCUCAUGUAGAAGGUAGCAGUAGUAAUUCCAACUUAUCUGACCAAUCACCAGCCGUCAUUGUCUACACACCACCAACUAGUGAAGAAGAUGAAAGCUCCGAUGAUGAUUCAAUGAUUGAAGAUAUUUUAGAUUUCUUUGAACACUUUUUCGGUCGUCAAAGAACCCCACCACCAAGAGAUGAAGAUUCAAUAGAGUCAUCCUACCACCCAUCCCAAGAAGAAUCUUCAAACUACCCUGAACUUAUUCCAAACACUAAUAAAGGUGUAAAUCAACACUUAUCAAACAAUAACAACAAUAAUUAA